AUGCCUCCCAAGAAGCCCGACGCGCCCAAGAAGAAGAAGGCCACGGUCGAUGACAAGACCUUUGGCAUGAAAAACAAAAAAGGUGGAAGCGCCAAGAAACAGAUUGCCCAACUACAAGCCCAAGCCGCAUCCAGCAAGAAUGCCGACGAGAAGCGGAAAGAGGCUGAGAAGGCCCGCCGCGAGGCCGAGAAAAAGGCCGCGGAGUUAGCGAAGAAGGAGGCCGCCGAGCUGUUCAAGCCCGUUCAGGUGCAAAAGGUUCCUUUCGGUGUCGACCCGAAGACGGUGCUGUGCAUGUUCUACAAGCAGGGUCACUGCGACAAGGGCCGCAAGUGCAAGUUCAGCCACGACCUGAGCAUCGAGCGCAAGUCGGCCAAGAAGGAUCUGUACACUGAUUCGAGAGAGACGGAGGAGGAGACCAAGAAGGGCGAUACGAUGGAUCAGUGGGAUGAGGAGAAGCUUCGCAAUGUUGUGCUCAGCAAGCACGGGAACCCGCGGACGACGACUGAUAAGGUCUGCAAGUACUUUAUUGAGGCGGUUGAGAACCAGAAGUACGGUUGGUUCUGGGUUUGUCCGAAUGGAGGUGACAAGUGCAUGUACAAGCACAGUUUGCCACCUGGAUUCGUUCUCAAGACCAAAGAACAGAGGGCAGCUGAAAAGGCCUUGAUGGACAAGUCUCCGCUCAACACACUGACGCUAGAAGACUGGCUCGAGAGCGAAAGACACAAGCUCACUGGAGAGCUCACACCCGUCACACCCGAGACCUUCGCCAAGUGGAAAAAGGACCGUCUCGACAAAAAGGCCGCCGAAGAGCAAGCCCAGAAGGCCAAGGAAGCUACGGGAAGGACAUUAUUCGAAAGUGGGAACUGGCGAACGGAAGACAGCGAGGAGGAAUCGGACGACGAGGACGACACGUGGAACCUUGCUGCCCUGCGGCGGGAAACCGAAAACAUACAGGAAAGGAAGGAAGAGGAGCGCCUUGCGAGGCUCCAGGGCGAGCCGGUACCGGUUUCCGGCGACGGCACACCCGCGCAGGCCGAGGACUGA